UGCAGCGCGGCGGACGCUCCAGCUCCUGCGGUCCCGUCAUUGUAUCCGCGCGCACUCGCGAGUCCCCGGCGUGAACCGGAACAGCUUGCGGAAAUCGCGGCUGGGAGCCGGGCGCUGAGCAAGAGCGCGGUGGGAGGCGGCCUGCGCGGCGCCGCCCGCCAUGGCCGCGGCGGGGUGAGCUCUGCGCGGGGCCGCAGUCGCAGACUCAGGCUCCUCCGCUGCAACCCAGGGGCUGAGGCCGUAGCAGCCGUGGCCGCUGUCUGUCGGUCGCCGUAGCCGCCUGCUCGUUGCCGCUGUCCAUGGCGCGGCCCCGCCGCCGCCGCCGCUGCUGACCCGGGCCCCGCGCGGUUUCCGCCCUCCACGGGGCGCGGGCGGCCUGCCUUUGCGCCCGAGCCUGCGCCCGCGCCCCGGGACUACCAGCCCGGUGGUCAGCGAUGGGGAACACAACUUCGUGCUGCGUGUCGUCCAGCCCUAAGCUCCGGAGGAAUGCGCACUCGCGGCUGGAGUCCUACCGCCCGGACACGGACCUCAGCCGCGAGGACACUGGCUGCAAUCUGCAGCACAUCAGCGACCGGGAAAACAUCGACGAUUUAAACAUGGAAUUCAAUCCUUCAGACCAUCCUCGGGCCAGCACAAUAUUCCUCAGCAAAUCUCAGACAGACGUGAGAGAAAAACGAAAGAGUCUCUUCAUUAACCAUCAUCCUCCAGGGCAGACAUCAAGGAAAUACAGUUCCUGCUCCACCAUCUUUCUAGACGACAGCACAGUCAGCCAGCCAAACCUCAAGUACACCAUCAAAUGUGUAGCUCUUGCGAUAUAUUACCACAUCAAAAACAGGGACCCAGACGGAAGGACGCUCUUAGAUAUUUUUGAUGAAAACCUCCACCCUCUUUCGAAAUCCGAAGUGCCACCAGAUUAUGACAAACACAACCCAGAGCAGAAGCAGAUUUACCGGUUCGUUCGGACACUGUUCAGUGCUGCUCAGCUGACAGCUGAAUGUGCCAUUGUCACCCUGGUAUACCUUGAAAGGCUCUUGACAUAUGCAGAGAUUGACAUUUGUCCAGCCAAUUGGAAGCGCAUUGUUCUAGGAGCUAUCCUGCUGGCCUCUAAGGUGUGGGAUGACCAGGCUGUGUGGAAUGUGGACUACUGCCAGAUCCUGAAAGACAUCACAGUGGAGGACAUGUAAGUGUUUCGGGACUGAGUAACAGGGUACCAUUCCUAUUUCGGGUGGUAAAAAGUGAGUGAAUUUAGCUGAAUGUUUGAAGCCAGUCCAGCAGGGAUCCUGGCUGUGGAAAUGCAGUGGAUUGUAUUUCUCAUUUCUGUGAUCAGGAGCAGGUGCUGGCAAUACUUUCUGGUUUCAGAAAGCAUUUGCUGAAACUCUGCUGCAGGUAAAUAUUUCUUUGGGGAUUGGUAUUUGCAGUGUUUUCAUUUGGCUUCAGAGGACACAUUCCAUGCUUUGCCAAGUUGUCAGUCCUGUAUUCUGGGGCUGGAUUUGCACAAGCAUCGUCCCACCAUUCUCUCUGCAAGCCCCGUGGAGGAGCCUCCACAUGAGGACAGCUGUCCACCCAGCUCCCAGGGUUAUGAGAUGAUGUCCCAGCUGGACCAGACCUCAGAUUCUGUGAGAAUUAUUAGCUGAGGGCUUAUACACAGGUGUCAGGGAAAUGAGAAGGGAAGGCUAAGUCAUAGAAGCACAACCUCUCAGCCAGCAGGAGUCUUUUAUGCCUUAUUGUCAGUUCUGGUGCUCUUUGCUUGGCUUAGCUCUUCAGCUAACUUCCCUGAGGAAGGAGGUUAGUUACCAGCUAUAUACUAGUCACACCACAUUCUUGAUCCAAUAUCCCUAGAGCGAGAAUCUUUAUGCAACCUGUAUGGGAGAGUCGCCCACCAGACUAGCGGCACAUCGGCUAGUAAAUGAUAUAGCCAGGAUUUAUAUUUCUUCUCUCGGGAACAGGUAAAGCCAAAAUUGUCUAAACUUACAUAACAUUGUAGUUUUAAAUGAUUAUCUAUCUAUCUAUCUA